AUGGUAAUGGAGCUCUGGCCAAGGUCCCAGGGAGGCAUACGCGAACAUGCGAGCACGCGAGGCACCUCGUCACACUCGUCCCACAGCUUUGCUCGAGCUAGGCAAGUCUCAGACCAACAGCUCAACGACGCUAUGUUCGAGACAGUCGCGUCGAUCGUUCUUGAGAAUCUAGUGCAAGCCUGCAAGGCGCCGAGCCAAGUCCUCUGUGGAAGAUGCUUCGUUUGA